AUGAAUGCCACGUUCAAAUCGAUGGUUCCGGUUUGCGAAGGAGAGCCAUGCAUUCGAAAUGGCUCUGGUGCUGGAGCAACUGUUCGUUUUAGACAGGGUAAGGCUCUAUUUAUUGGAGGAUUUCAAGUAGAAAAAGAUACAGAAGUUACAGAAUCCAGACGGAGGAAGUCAGAUUUUGCUCGAAAAUGUAUAGCAGUCAUUUUACUUCAUGCAAUAUUCCUAUUUGCUAUUCUAGCAGCGCUGAUUAUUGGACAUUGGAUAUCAGAAGAGAACCAGAAAUUGAAUAAUCGAACCAUGUUGAAUUUCACACUUGCGGAAGCCUAUCUACUGGAAGGCUCGUACACAACUACAACCGCAACUCCAGAAGCUCUCAAUCAUCAUCAUACACGCCUUCUAACAACGUCUUCUGCAAUGGGACCAUUGAGGAAGAAUGCACCGCCACGAGUCGUCGAGAGACUAAUCCCGCUUGAAAAGAAACGCAACUUCACGAUAUUGGAUGUUUUUCCACCUCCGGCUGAUGGCGGAUUUGGAAUCGCAGAACAACUUCAUGCGGUUAGAUCAAACAAACUGUCGACUGAUGCUUUAUUAGUUCCACUACCAUUGUAUAUUCUACCGUACCACUAUGAUCUGCAGUUGGAUUUCUCUCAAUUCGAUACAAAUCUCUUCAUCCGUGCCAACAUAUCAAUUCAUCUGGAAAGUUAUGGUAACUCUACGGAAGACGAGAUUCAAUUCCAUCUGGGACCGAACAUAAAAAUUGAAAGAAUGAGAUUGAAGAAAGAUGGAAAAAAGUUUUAUGCAAAGACAUUCAAACGAGAAGAAUCAAAAAAACUGGGAAGAAUUUCGUUGAGAGACCCACUUCAAAAAGGAAAGUACAUUCUGGAAAUGGCUUACAAUAUGACAAUUUGUGAUGAAGAUGUAGAUGGAGUCCGAUGUUCCCUUGAUAAUCAAACCAAUUCAUCUCUGAAAUCAACUAGUUUCACUACUAAAUUCGAACCAACCCUUGCUCGUGCAUUCUUUCCGUGUUGGGAUGAACCAGGAGUCAAAGCAACAUUCAACAUAUCAGUGAAGCAUAAUAAAAAGUAUACGGUUCUAUCGAAUAUGUCUCCCAUUGAACAGCCGAACAAAGUGGAUUGGGAUGAUCAAUUCAAAACUACAGUAUUCCAACCAACUCCUCCAAUGUCGACAUAUCUCCUUGCAUUUGCCAUUGGUGAAUUCGUAAAACUGGAAACUCGAACUGAACGUGGAAUCCCGGUGACAGUAUGGACAUAUCCUGAAGAUGUGAUGUCUAUGAAAUUCACUCUGGAGUAUGCGCCAGUUAUUUUCGAUCGGUUAGAAGAUGCAUUAGAGCUUUUUCAGAUUCCUUAUCCACUUCCCAAAGUUGACCUAAUCGCCGCACGAAAUUUCCACGUGGGUGGAAUGGAAAACUGGGGACUUAUCGUCUUCGAGUUCGCAUCAAUAGCAUACACUCCUCCGAUUACUGAUCAUGUGAACGAGACAGUUGACCGGAUGUAUAACGAAUUCCGUAUCGGAAAACUGAUUGCUCAUGAAGCUGCUCACCAAUGGUUUGGAAAUUUGGUAACCAUGAGAGAUUGGUCGGAACUAUUUCUAAACGAAGGAUUCGCGACGUUCUAUGUUUACGAAAUGAUGAGUUCCGAACGUCCAGUGACAGCUCAAUUUGAAUAUUAUGAUAGUCUAGCGGCUCUGGUUUCUGCACAAAGUGAAGAGGAUCAUCGACUUUCUUUGGUUCGAGAACUUGCAACUGAAUCACAAGUUGAAUUAUCUUUCCAUCCCACAAAUCUAUACACAAAAGGAUGUGUUUUGAUUCGAAUGCUUAGGGAUCUAGUUAGCGAUUUUGAUUUCAAAGCGGCCGUUCGAAGAUAUUUACGGAAAAAUGCAUAUCGAUCAGUGUCAAGAGACGAUCUCUUUUCUAGUUUGCCAGCCUAUGCGGACCAUGGUGCGGAUAAAGAGAAGUUGAACUACGUACUGGAAGGAUGGUUUGUGAAUGAAGGACUCCCAGAAGUUACUCUGAUAAGAAACUAUGAUAACGAAAUGAUGACAAUCAGCCAGAGAAAAACAGUUCAUCAUGAAUAUCGAAGCUUCUUGAAGGAUAGAAAACCGGCAGCUGGGGUCAGAUACAGAGCAAGUAGAAGUGCCGAGGAUGGAUCAACGCUUUUUGAUGAUACUCUAUUUGAAGGAUACACUGAAAGGAGAAAAGAUAAGAGAAGAAAGCAUAGACCGGCACGAAGAAAAGCUUCCACUCCACCUCCAAUCAGUCCAAUAAUGAGAAGAGAUGAACUGAGAAAACCACGACGGGUCGGAGCUUCUCAGGACUUGUGGACCAUUCCAAUCACCUAUAUGUUUGGAUCUUUGAAGACAUCAGAAGGUCAAGUGAUCCGAGAAUUCUGGCUGAAAAACCGGACAGUUUCGUUUGGGGACGCAGAAAUCUCUCCAAAUCAAGCUGUUCUUGUGAAUCCCGAAUGGAAAUAUCCAUAUCGAGUGAAUUAUGACUUGUUGAAUUGGAAACUUCUUGCAAGGACUUUACAUCAGAAUCAUUUGGAAAUUAAUGAUAAAUCCAGAAUGCAGUUGAUUCUGGAUGCUGAAUACUUCUUGUCGAAUUCGGUCAAUCCUCAUCUAUAUCUUUAUCUUCUUGGAUAUUUGGCUCAUGAAACAAAAAUGGAAGUCAUGCUUUUCGGAAUCGAUGCUGUGUAUAGAUUCAUUGAUGUUUUCAAAGCAACCCAACUGAACAAAGCAAUUUUGGUUUAUUUUGAACCGGUCAUCUCUCAAAUGGAUCAUUUAUUGAAUGAAAGUCAAGUGGACGCUGAAACUGCGUCUUUAUGGUUAGUCAGACCUGAACGGCUUGCGAAACUUUAUCAAAUGAGAUGUGCGGCUGGACUACAUUCCUGUAAAAAUGAGUAUUAUACUCAAAAAUGGUCUCGCUCUCCGGAUGAAUGGACAGAAGACGUACAUAAACAGGUCACUGCAGUAUGUCAUCAACUCUUCACAAAUACUCCGGAAGAAGUGAAAACAGUUCAAGAGCUAUUGGACAGUCGUCUCUCAUCUUCUGGUGCUAAAUGGGCACUAACUGUACAACUUGCUGCCUGUUCUCAUAAUCAGAAACUUUUACGAAAAACGGCUAGAGCGAUUGUCAGUACUAAAAAUGCUGCAGUUUAUGCUUCAGCACUCCAGUCUGAUUUCUCUCUCCAUUACAAUCCAACGUUCCGGAAAUAUUUAUGGUCAGAGAUUUCCAAAAUGAGUACAUUCGAAAAAACGGCACUUUUCUCAACGAACUCCACAAAUAUCCUUCCAGCAUCCAGAAUACUUUUACAUUCCGUAAAAACGAUAGAUGAACUACAACAGAUCCGUGGUCUUCUAACCAAUUGGGGACCACUUCUGACCCUUCACUUUGAAUAUCUUGAACGAUAUCUUCUAUGGGUUUCCAGUGUGUCACAAGGUGUUCUUCAUCAAUUCUUCGCAGCAGAUCUCUCGAAUUUCUGA